AGUGCAAAGUUCUGCAUAUUCACUCUCUUCGUCCCAUAGUCUACACGAGUUCUCUUCCCUCACCUUGCAGCAAAAGCUGAAGGCAAAUCCAUUUUCCUUUUUAUUUAGAGCCUUUCCUCUGUUGAGAUAAGAACUGGAAGAGACUAAUUUCUGUAAAAAAAACAAAGAUCAGGGCUUUUGCCGGAUUUUCUGAACAUAUUGGGUUUCAGAUACAGUUUGCAUUUGGAAGUUAGUCUGUAAUGGAUGAAAAUUUGAAGGUUGAUGUCCAUCAGGGGGAUGAUGAAGAGUAUGUAUUGCUUGAUCUUGAUGCUGUUUCUGAACAAGUUGAUAUCCCACCAAAUGCCCCAUAUGUUCUGUCUGGUCUGGACACGUUAAAUCCACUGUUGAUCAUAGAUGACAAAAUCAAGCUGGUGAGUUUAGUGCUUUGCUAAACCUGGUAUUCUACUUUUGAGUAAGAAAGCUACACCUAACAAGGUUACAAAAUUACUCUUAUAGACUGUGGGUACGGAACAUAAUCAUUAUGGUGAUAACCUCCUCUGUGAAGGAAAUUUUCACUUCUACUGUGAAGAAGAAGAUAUUUGUCAUAAAUUGUUACUUUGUAGAAACCCCUUGUCUGUGUUGAUCGCUCAGAACUUUCAAGCGCACAAAUUUUUCUUUGGAUGUCAUUUAACGUUUGGACCACAUAUUAUCCUAUUGGAGAAUAUGAAGAAACUAUUGGGACUUGCCUUAUUUUCUCUGAAGAUGGUAAGUUGUGUUUUCACUUUUCUUAUCUGUUUUGACUAUCCAAUGUAAAGGGGAGUAGAGUCACUAGACCAGAGUUUUUUUAAUAGGCUCAUCUGCCAUUAGAAGCCAAGAGUGGUCUAUCUUUCCCUUUUACUGUAAUUGUGCUUUUACAGUCUUAGUUACAUGAUUCUUGAUGCCUGCUAAUGCCAUGCUUGGAUCUGUUAGAAACUAGAAGAUGUCAAUAUACAUUGUUUUGAUAAGUGUGGGUUGGUUUCUCCCUCCCAACAUGUGUUGUCAUAGGCUGUUUUGGCUGCAAAUGAUAGACUGUCAGACAAGUAGUUUCUGUACAUUUGUAACACCUAUUCUUUUUACUUAUUCAGAGAGGCUAAUAUCAAAUUAAAUUUCCCAUAAUACUUUUUUUUUUGUUAUUGUGUUUUAUUUCUGUUUGUGACAUUGAUUUCUUGUGUGAAUUCGGUGGGCAAAUGUGCUUGGAAUUUCUUGCAGAUGCUGCGCCUGUAGUUCAUGAAGAGACUGGGCCCUCAGAAGCAAACCUCUUCAGUGGAAAAUGUAUAAUAGACCCUAAUCAAGCUUUGAGAAAGCAAGUAAAACCAAUUGCUCGGCUUCACAAGAUUCUAAAGUUCAGAUUGUUAUUCGAUGAUGAUGCACACGAUGGAAUGGUUGGGCAGACUGGUUAAAAUUUGUAAGCUAGGAAUAAAGCCUCACUGAUGGAUUUUUUUUUUUCUUUUCUUUUCUGGUUUUGCCAUUUUGACCUAAUGGGUUGUCUGAUACCGGCACCAACCUGAAGCGCAGGAAUGGUUUUUUCGUUUCUUCACCAAGAGUAGGAGAUUUGUAUUAUGGUUAAUUGAUGCUAAAUAUGAAUUUCUUUGCAUCUUGCAACUUAUGUAAAAUGAAUCUUUUGGUCAAAUUAAUGAUCUCAGAACUC